AUUCGACGUAUAACACUCGAUGCUGUUCUCUUACGCGGAUGGUGCGACCGUCACUCAGUGGCAAACAGUAAUCAUGGCCGUAGGUACGAUAGCCUCGCUCUCGUGCAGUUAUAAUGCAACCGCCUACCUGUUAGAGGCUCUUUUACUCAGCACUUGUCUGACGAACUGUGGUAAUACUCCAACAAAAAAUGGGGUGAUUCCCGCUUGCGAGGAUUGGACGCGUCCGGAAACGACGAUACCUCAAGGAAGACUCAGAGGUAUAUAUAUGGGCACACACCUUGGCAGAAGAUUCUCUGCCUUCAUGGGAAUCCCGUUUGCUGAGCCACCGGUUGGAGAUCUUAGGUUUAAACAAGCUGUACCAGCGGGUCCUUGGAACGGAACUCUGGAUGCUGGCCAUGUUCGCAAUGCAUGUAUUCAACGCGAAUACGAGAUGAUGGGGGAUGAGGACUGCCUCUAUCUCAAUGUCUAUACGCCGCAGCUCUCUAGUAGCCAAAAUGCUACGUUACUGCCAGUGAUGGUCUUCAUCUAUGGUGGACAAUUCAGGUUUGGAACGAGAAAUCCUGAGCGAUGGAGUCCACAAUUUCUUCUUAAUAAGGACGUGGUUCUCGUAGUUCCUAGCUAUCGUUACGGAAUACUCGGAUUUUUGAGUACCGGCGACGAAGUAUCGCCGGGAAAUAAUUUGCUCAAAGAUAUAGUUGAAGCUUUGAGAUGGACCCAACGAAACAUCAAGUAUUUCGGUGGUGAUCCAAAUAAAGUGACUAUCUUCGGUGGAAGUUCAGGCUCCGUUAGCGUUCACCUUUUAACUGUAUCUCCUUUAACCAAAGGGCUCUUCCACCAAUACAUGACACACAGUGCGCCGGGAAGCUCGCCUCAUGCGCCUGAACCAUAUUCAGCGGCCGCGAGACGAGCAACUAAGUUGGGCGAAUACCUUGGUUGUCCAACCGACACGUCAACCACCCUUGUUAAUUGCCUGAAGACUUUCAAUGCAUCAUAUUUGUACGAUACAGAGGUGAUAUUGAAAGAAAUGAAAGCGGCCGGAUAUCUUGCGUGGGCUCCCGUUGUAGAACCUAACGUAGAAGGUGCAUUGAUUACGGAUAGACCAGAGAAUAUCAUUGCCAAUGGAAAAAAGCAUGAUUUACCGUGGGUGACCCUUGUAACUGAGGAAGAAGGAAUUGUUAUGAGUGCAGUGUACUUUAAUAGGCCAGACCUGUUCCAGCAAUUUUUAGACAACGUUGACUCUCACUUAAUCAACAUCUUGAGAUAUGACGUUUGGUCAGCUGAUGUCGAUGCCCAAACUGCUGCUCUAAAGUCUCGCUACUUGAACGAUCUAACUGCAGACAGAAAAUUGCUAAUGCUCAAUGUGACUCGCAUCAUCACCGAUGGCACGUUCAUCUACCCUAUUCACAAAGAAGUCAAACAAUAUGUAAACAAUCCUGCUUACAAGAGUCCCGCAUACCUUUGCACUUUUGACUACCGAGGCACUUUCAGCUAUAGCUAUAAGUUUAGUGGUGGUAACACGGAGAAUUGGGGCGCGGCGCACGGAGACGAGCUGAUUUACCUCCUUCCUGGACCAAAGGAAAUGUUUGCGCCACCAGGCUCUGAAUUUACUGAGACUGAUUUGAAAGUGGUCGACGCUAUGGUGGAGCUAUGGACAUCGUUUGCUAUCAACGGGUUGCCGACUACUGCAGCUCUCAAUGACAACGCGAUUUGGGAACCAUUCUCAUCAGACGAAAAAUAUCUUCAGAUCGGUAAUGAUAGCGAUCCUGGAAUUCAGGUUAAAAGUGGUUUUCACGAAGAGCGAAUGCAGUUUUGGGAAAAUUUCUAUGCUGGCAGAAAGUGAAUUUAGUUUGAACUACAGUUCCUAGUCAGAAUCCGCAUUUCUUGCUUCAAAAUAUUUUGUUGUAAUUUACACCUUGGGGAAACUGAAGGUAUACUUAUCUAAGAAUGUCAUGUAUAGAAUUUACUUCUAAUAUCUGAUAAUCGUAAUGCUAUUACAUAAUG